AUGGAUAAAAGUUGGAUGACAAUGGGUAAGACACCCGAUGGCAGAUUAAGUCAUCCAUAUAUUGAAGGGGUGAAUGCAUUUAUUAAUUUUGCAAGAGCAGUUGUGGACUUGAGUGGUAAUAUUCCGCGUCCGUGUAUUCACUGUGUGAAUUGUUAUCGACAAUCUACUCAAAUUGUGCGUAUCCAUUUGCUUCAUCGUGGAAUUAUGCAAUCUUACAUUAAUUGGUAUAAUCAUGGAGAACCUCGUGUAUUGAACGAGAACAUUCAUGAUAGUGAAAUGUCGGAUGGUGAUCAUAUAGAUGGUAUCGAUGCCUUGGUAGAUGACCGAAUUAGAGGGGAACCAAGAAAUGCAACCGAAGCUGAGAAGGUGUGUCAUUUUGACAAACUUGAGGAAGAUGCAAAACGUGAGUUGUAUCCGGGUUGCGCUGAUUAUAGUAUCUUGAAGUUUGUUAUUGAGAUGUUGAAUGUAAAGGUAAUGACCAACUUGAGUAAUAAGAGACUUGAUAUGAUGCUAGAAUUGCUGACAAAGGUUUUACCGAAAGGUAACUUGGUUCCAAGGUCAACUUAUGAAGCAAAAAAGAUAUUACGUGACUUGGGCAUGUCAUACGAGCAUAUAGAUGCAUGCAAAAAUGAUUGUGCAUUAUUUUGGAAGGAAAAUGAAAAUCUUGAUAAAUGUCCGGUGUGUGAGGUGCCUAGGUACAAAGAUACACGUACCCAAGGUAAGAAGAUUCCUCAUAAAGUAUUGCGUUACUUUCUGUUGACACCGAGACUGAGGAGAUUGUACAUGUCAGGCCAAAGAGCUAAGGACAUGAGAUGGUAUAUAGACAAACGUGUGGAUGAUGGGAUAAUGAGGCAUCCGGCUGAUAGUGAGGAGUGGAAGGAAUUUGAUUUGCAACAUCCUGAUUUUGCCCUCGAACCUCGCAAUGUAAGGUUAGGGUUGGCUACAGAUGGAUUUAAUCCUUUUGGGAAUAUGAACAAUAAUUAUAGUAUGUGGCCUGUCAUACUUAUCCCCUAUAAUCUACCGCCUUGGUUGGUUAUGAAGGAGCCAUAUUUUAUGUUGUCCUUGCUUAUUCCCGGUCCCCAUCAACCGGGGAAUGAUAUUGAUAUUUACUUGAAACCAUUGGUUGAUGAGUUGAAGGAGUUGUGGGAAGAAGGUGUAGAAACUUAUGAUGCUUAUAAUAAAGAGCAUUUUCAGAUGCGUGCAACUUUGUUGUAG